UCUCAGUCCUGAGGCAGGGCAAGCCAGAGGCUAGGAGCCAGUCUUCCAGAAACCCAAGUAGACAAAGUCCCAGACCUGAGCUGGAGCCAACUCAUGGAAUCAUGGCAUGAUUGGGCCCAGCAGGCUGGAUCCCCAAAAGGAUGGAGUGUCUUCUACGAAGGGUGGAGGAGAACAAGGCUGAUGAGGCCGCUGCUCCUGUCAUGACUCAGCAGAAGGAAAGAGCCGUCCACCCCGCUGGUGGCCAGGGCUGGCCAGCCCACUUCUGCAUCAAGUCCAGGAUCCUUCAUAUUCCGGUCCCCUCCCACCCCGCCAGUCUCCUUACACCUUCCUCACCCCCAUGGGCCCUGGCCUCCCAGCUGUUCAUCACACACAACCCUGCAUCGAUGGGCUCUGAGCAUUUCUCUGGCUGCUCUUCCUCCUCACCUCAGAGGACGCCUUUCCCAAUCCCUUUCUCCAAUCUCCUGACCUCAACAAGCCUCCCUAAGCAGAGGAGGCCCAUUUCUCGAUGGCCAGCCCCAACACCCCCCAAGUUUCAGGCCCACAUCACCAGUUACGUGGUAGGUACCUCGAAGACGACGUCCCUACAGCCUCACGCGUCUGACCUGCCUGUGCUGGAAGUCGGGAGCUUCCUCUCUUCCUUGACUUCCAAUUCUAUGGGAUUCACCUCCAUCUUUCAGGCCCCCAGACUACCCUGUCACUGUCCUGGACCCUUUCCUCUGCCUCGACCCCAGCUGUGGUAUCGGCUGCACCUUGCCAUCAUCUCCCACAGUCAAGGCCUUCCCUCCACUCACAGGCCUUCAUCCCUCUACCUCAGUCCCCCAGACCAGCACCUCCUCCUCCAGGGCAGCUCUGACCGAGCGCCUGGCCUCCAGAUCAGCUUCAGUGGAUGCUCAAAGAGAAAAUUCUCUGUCUGCUUUUUAAAGCCCUUCAGAGCCUGCCCUGAGCCUCCCCUUUCUACUUCAAACAGAAUGACUGCAUGCAUGAACAUACUUUAAACACAUUAAAUAACAUAGCUGUUACCUCCCCAUUAGAACUCACGGCUCUUUGAGAGAAGUUUCACCGUUCCCUCCCCGGUGCCUAGCACAGUGUUCAGUGAGGAACUGCCCACCAGCCCCAAGUUCCCCAGAGCUUUGGACAUCUCAACAAGUCUCAAAGGGACCAUGCUACCCGUGUUUCCCCAGAUCAUCCCCCCUUUGUGUGGAAGGCCUCCUCACCCUUCCUGCCUCCCGGCUUGACAACCUUGGUGUUAUCCUCCCACAGCCGCCCCUUUGGGUCAGGCCCCGAGCUGUGGCCACACAUCUCAUCCUCCCUCCACACUGCCUAACUCAGACCACAUUCCCUACCUCCACAACCAUCUCCAGUGACUCCCUACUGCCUCUAAGUGUAAUGAAACUCCUACCCAGGCGUCUUUCCAGCACUGAAUGGUCCAGCUAACACAACACUCAUCUCCCACCUCCAAGUCUUUGCACUGGCUGCUGUCUGUGCUUGGAAGGCACUCCCUCCUCAUCUCCCCGGUCUCUUCCUUCAAGAGCCCCACAAGCACCACGCUCUGCAUGAAGCCUCUCGAUUACUCUCCCUGGCCCCACCCACCCAGCUCUGAUUUUGUGCACAGUUAUGUCCCUCUGGUCCCCCCAUUAGACUCAGCUCCUUCUGGGCAGGAGUGGUUUUAUUUAUCCAUUAGCCGUGUCCCCAACGCCCAGCGGCAGAUGCUUGUUGACCAGAC